AGAGAAUAAUCAUAGGUUUGGUAGUAAAUAUAAAAUGUUUAAUCUUGGUUGGCCUAUUUGAAUAUUUGAGCUCCUAUUUUACAAUUUACAUAAAAGAAAAAGGGCCUUAAUUGGAAAAAUUAACGAUGUCAGUUGUUAAUAGCAUUUUCCCUAAUAAUCUAUCAUUCACAAAUGCUGACUGGCUGUAAGAGAUACAUCGAUGAAGCGUACCAUUUAAAUAUUUUCUCUUUUUAAGUUGAUAGUUUCAACAUAAUGAAAGUACGUAGAUCAUCAUUACAAAUGAAAUCCAACUUUUUAACAUUAAAACAAUCCUUUUCAAAAAAACAAUUGUGCAUUUGCAAUCCAACAAAAAAAGAACACUGAAUUUUUAUGAGAUAUGUAUGAUAAAUAAACACUUCAAUUUUGUUAAUGCAACCUUAUUUGAACAAAAAAUACAGAUGCCGCCAAGGAAAGUACAGACUGAAAAAUAGAGUACAGACUGAAAAGAAAAAGAGUACAGACUGAUAAACCAUAGCAUACAAUGGCAUGAUGCGACGUGUUAUAUCAGGAGUGUAUUGGUUUACUCGGCGAACUGAUUACAUUAUUAGACAUAAAAGCUGACCUGGAAAGUCAACACUCUAAUUAAUAAGUGGAUCGUAUAAAUCUAAAUAAUCAUGUUUCUUCUGAAAAUCGCGUUUAUUACAGAAAUAAACGACUUAUGAUGUAACAGUUCUAUGACGCGUGUCUAAACAUCGAUAAGGUUCAAAUAUGAACACAUAUUUCACUUUCCUAGUAUUCUAUAUAAAGCCCUCUCUCCACUGUUUUUCCAAAUCGUCACAACACUUUAUUGGAUCCUUUUAACCAAAAACAGGAACACUUUGGAUCAUUUUCAGUUCGACUCCACGAAAAUGGAUUAUUCAGAAAUUGAUCCCUCUUACGAUCAAAAACCUCCUUAUUUGACAAGAGAUCAAGAGCAUGUGAUCAUGGUCUCUGCUCUGCGUCAAGUGAUAUCCAACGCAGGAAGUGACACUGCUUCAUUAUCGACCUUCGAAGCUCUUCAACCUUUGGAUGCUGGCCCUUGUUCUCUUUGCGGUAUCACCGGUUGCUACGGUUGCGCAUUCCCACAACACCGAGAGAUAAAUAAGGAGAAGAAGCACAGAGGAGUGAGGAAAAGGCCAUCGGGUAAAUGGUCAGCGGAGAUAUGGGAUCCGAGUGCAAGAGAAAGGAGAUGGCUUGGAACGUUUCCAACAGCCGAAAUGGCGGCUGGGGCUUAUGAUGACGCGGCGGCUGGGUUUGUCAGAAGAAAGGCAUCAAGAGGUGGCACAAGAAAUGGAAAGGAAGCAUACACCAAAACGACGGUGGAAGAUGACUAAUAUUUUUUUUUGAUUAUUGAUUAUUUAGCUUAGAAAAAUAUGAUAAGCUAAAUAUAAUCAUUGAUAAAAAAAACUAUGUUAUACUGUAUUUUAUUAUAUCAAGUUGAAGGUUAUCUUUUAGCAAAAAAAAAAGAAGAAGUUUAAGGUGUUGGAGGAGAAGUGAAAAUGUUUAUUUUAUAUAUCAGAUUUUGAUAUGUAUCAAAUAUUGUGUUUUUUUUUAAGUUUAUGAUUCUUUUCAUAUUAUUUUGUUUCAAGUUAUUUUAAUCAUAAGAAAUGUCUUUCCUUUUAAUAAUAUUUGAUAUUUUCCAUUAUAAUGUUUUGAAUAACAUAAGAAAUUGAUUAUAUUUAUAUUUUCAAGUUUUGAUUAUGUGUAUGCGGAAGCAGAAAGGGGUAUUUAGGCCAUUUUCAUUUUAGAUGAUAACACAAUGAUUAAGAAUCUGGCUGAUUUCUCCGCUAUCACCCGCAAACACAGCUUUUCUGAUUGGUAAUGUUUGUUGGUGUUUUGGAACAAUCAAAAUGCUAUAAAUUGUUUAAGUUGUUCUGAACCUUUUAAAAUCAAAAGUUGGUUUUGAUAGCGUUUGCGGUUGUGCACGGCUGGAGAUAGAUAAAUAAAUAUAAAAAUAUUUUUUAAUUUAAAAUAAAAAAUGGAAAUAUUAUAAAUAUAUAUAUAUAUAUAUAUAUAUAUAUAUAUAUAUAUUUUAAUUUAAAUUCACAAACGGUGUCUUAAUUUAUUUUAUAAAAACUUUAAACUAAGAGUAUUCACUAUAAUUUUUCAAAAUUAAUAUAUAUAAACGAGACAGAAUAAUCUUUUAAAAGUUUUUAAUAUAAAUCUUUAAGACAAAUUUUGUUGUAAUUAUAACUUUGAUCUAAGUUAAAAAAUAAACAUAAUCCUAUUAAUUAUAUUAUAUUAAUAAUUACACAUUUUAUCACAAUAGCAUGUUUUUGAUAUUUUUAUAAUGGUAUAAUAUAUGAAUAUUGGCAAUUUAUUAUUAAACCGAUGCAAUAUCUCAUAAUCAACCAGUUACAAAUAUCCCGUGAACGUAACAAUUUCUAACCGAUGUACCAGUCGUUCAGAUUGCAUAAUAACGCUAUAAACUGCAACCACACACAUACGCAAACUUCCGUAACCGCAUCCGCAACCGUCGUGUUUCAACCAGUUAAGACCUAAGUAAAUGUUAUAUUGCAGCAUGUGCGAACAUGAUAAACAGACUUACGGACAGCGAUUCCACGAAGUAACUCUCUCUAUAACACUCGGAUCGGCGAACGGUUCUACAUGUACAACAACCUUGAUGGACAUGAUUUCUCUGCAGCACAUGACUACAACUAACGACUUUGAUCACACCACGUUGAAACAUCCGAAAAGGUUGCAUUCUAUAAUCUACAAAAAAUUGUUCCUAAUUUGCCAAACGAUGUCGUAACAUCUGUCUUAGUCUUACAUUAUUCAAUUACACACAUAUUUAAGAAUAUUACGAUUUGACCCCAUAUAAAUUAUAUAAUUGCAAUUAGAACCCUAAUGUUUUUCUUCAUUAAGCCGGUCACUUUAAUGUAUAGUCAUUCUCCCAAAGGCUUGGAAGAAGAAGAAGAAAAAAGAGUCGAUCAAUGAUACAGAGACAUAAAAAUCUACGUAACAUUCUACUCUCAAGUGUUAAUACCAAACUAACAAAAUGACUA